AUGCCUGAAAGAUCGCUGAAGCUCAACCCCGCCGCCAACACUUUUCUAGGCGAACCGUUCGAACUCAGACCCCUUGUCAGUGAGAUUCUACGCACAAAGUACUGUGUCCCCGGAAGCAUCUUUCUUGUCGAGCGCGUUGAUCACAUCUCUGUCUCAAGAUCAGGAAGAUGGCAGGUCAUUCGACUUCUUCUCGGUGAUGGAGAGUUCUGCAUUCAGGCGAUAAUAGCGCCUGAUAUGCACCGCUUCGUCACCACGGGUGAGAUCGCCUUGGGAGCUUAUGUCCGGUGUGAGAAGUUCGAUGUCAAGUGGAAGGACGUUGGUGAGGAUAGCAUGGUGAUGCUGUUGGUGAGGGAUCUUAUUACUGUCGGUUGGAACGAAACAUAUAGAGCGCUCCAGAAGAAUGAUGAACCUCUACCCGCACAGAUUCCGGCACCAGCACUUCAAGCAAAAUUGGCGGCUCAGUCCAAACCAGCACCAGAACCUGAGACAGAGGUCAAGACGGCUCCUAAUCAGCCCGAGUUUCCCAAUGGGCCCCCUAAGUCAGGCUUCGAGGAUUACAUGGAGUUUGACGAUGUCGACGAAGCAGCCGCUGAAGAAGCAUUCGAAGCCUUUGAGAGACUCAUGAAUCCCAACAGACCCAAGACACCCCAGAAGGCACCUCCACUUCAAAAGACUGAGUCUCCACGAAAGACGGUGGCACUUCCGAAGCCGCAGACACCAGUCAAGGCAACACUUUGGAAGAAGCCGCGAACACCACAAAAGAUAGAGACACUGCAGAAACCGAAGACGCCGCAAAAAGCAGGACCUUCACUGAAACCACAAACACCACAGAAGGUGGAGGUAUCGCGAAAGCCACAGACACCACAAAAGACUGAGGUUCCCCAAAGACCACAAACUCCACAAAUAACUGCGAUAACCCAAGAGACACCGACAUCCCACCAAGCCAUCGCCCUCCCUCGAGACUGGCACGAUCCCCAAACUCCCCUCAAGCUCACCACCCUCCGCCAAAUCCCCCACCUACCUUACGCCCAAAACUGGUCCUGCAACGUCCUCGCCAUAGUAUCCUACCUCUCCGCCAUUGAACCCUCGAAUAUCCCACCGUAUCGACAGCGAAGUGUACGCCUCGCAGACCCCUCUACUUCAAAGCAAGUCCACCUCACAGUCUUUUUGAAUCCAGAAGCUUUCACUCCUCGUGUUGGAAGUGCGGUGUUACUAGUGGGUGUGAAGAAUCAUCGUUUUGAUGGCGGGAGUUUGAAGAAGUAUGAGAGUGAUCGCAAGAAUGGACGGUGGUGGUUUGAGAAUCCGAUUGAGAUGGACUGGUGUGAUGUUGAGGGGAUUAAUGAUUGGUGGGCGCAAGUUACUGCGGCUACACAGGGUCGACGUUAG